AUGAAGCCGACGGUGAAAUUAUUGUUCGAAUGGAUACGACAAGGCCCAGAGCAGACGGUGUACCUCACACAUCUGAAAUGGGUGACGGGUAAGAAGACGAUCCAGGGCUACUUCAGUAGAUUCGGGAAGGUUCAGGAUGUUAAUUUGUUCUAUGUAAGUAUGGUCGUUGAAGAUGGGAGUGUUUCAGGAUUCAAAAACUGGUCUUCAUCGUGGGUUCGCCUCGGUGACUUUUGCUCAUUCGGAAAGUGCCAAAAAGGCCAUCGCAAGUUGUCCUCACGUUAUUGAUGGAGACCUUGUAAGUGUAAUUUAUAGGUUCCAUUAACUGACUCCUGCUUUUAGGUUGGAGUCAACACUUACAUACCAGUGAAGGAAUCGAUCACGAACUUCAAAACUUUAUAG